GGGGGGGGGGGGUCCUUUGGAUAAGAUCAAACACCACAACAUAUAUUUUCUUUUUUACCGUUUUCCAGUUAGUUUUCAACAGUUUUCUCUCUUCUCCCUUCUUCCCCUUAUUUUCUAUAUAAACCGCCUUGCCUUCCUUCUCCAUUUCCUUUCUUCUUAUACUUACCAUCUUCACUCUGAAUAUUUGGGUUUUGGUUAAGGUUUCAACAAUGGAGGUUUUGCAUUUCGUGUUUGGUGUUUUUGGAAAUGCCACUGCUUUGUUCCUCUUCUUGUCUCCGACGAUUACAUUUAAGAGGAUCAUUAGAAGUAAGUCCACAGAGCAAUUCUCUGGAAUUCCCUAUGUCAUGACCUUGCUCAACUGUCUCCUCUCUGCCUGGUAUGGCCUUCCCUUUGUAUCUAAAAACAACAUCUUGGUAUCAACAAUCAAUGGGACUGGUGCAGCAAUUGAGUCCAUUUAUGUAUUGAUCUUCAUCAUCUAUGCCCCAAAGAAAGAGAAGGCUAAAAUAUUUGGGCUUUUCACUUUUGUUCUCACUGUUUUCACGGCUGUGGCACUCAUCUCCCUCUUUGCCCUCCAUGGAAAUGGCAGAAAGCUCUUUUGUGGCCUUGCUGCCACCAUUUUCUCCAUCAUUAUGUAUGCUUCUCCACUUUCAAUCAUGAGGCUGGUGAUCAAGACCAAGAGUGUUGAGUUCAUGCCAUUUUUCUUGUCACUAUUUGUGUUCCUCUGUGGUACUUCAUGGUUUAUCUAUGGUCUCCUUGGUCGUGAUGCUUUUGUUGCUGUCCCCAAUGGGUUUGGGUGUGGGCUAGGGACCAUGCAACUCAUCCUUUACUUCAUCUACCGCAACAACAAGGGGUCUCAGGAAAUUAAGAAGCCAAGUGGUAAUGGAACAAGCAUUGAGAUAGGUGAGAAGAAACCCCACCAAGACAAGCAGCAACCCAAUGGCAAAGUCCCUCAAGAUGAACAAGUUUAAAUCUUUUGUUUCAAAUUUCAGUUUCCUGCAUCUUAAUUUCUUGUAAUGAACUGCAAAAAAACACAGGUUAAGGAUGUCAAAAAUUGACAAUUCCUUGUAAUGAAAUGCAAAAUCAAUUUGAGUA